GCAAAAUCGUUUAGAAAGUAGAAGUUAAUCAAACAUGAAAGUGACAAUAACGUUGUGCUCAGCAUUUUUAAUGCUCCUCUGUGUGAGCGUAUCCGCUGAUAGAUCGCAUGAACGCCCAGGUUUAGUCAUCAACGAAUCGGGCCUCUCUAUACAUGGCUUCAGACCAAGGCCUUCUAAACCAGAAGAGUCCUCAGAGGAAGCUUCUGAAGCACAUAGACACAGACCAAGGCCUUCUAAACCAGAAGAGUCCUCAGAGGAAGCUUCUGAAGCACAUGGACACAGACCAACUAAACCAGAAAGGCCCCCAAAGAAAACUUCUGAAGCACCUGAACACAGGCCAACGCCUCCUAAACCAGAAAGGCCCCAACCAGAAUCAACAACUGUUGAACCGGAAUCCACUGAGCCAGACACUACCGAAUCAUCUGCAACUGAAGAAGAAUCAACAACCGACAACACUUCUGCAACUGAGUCAGAUGAAACCACUCCAGAAGAGGAGUCCACUGAAGAACCUGAAACCACGGUAACCGCAGCUCCUUAGAAGAUUCCACAGAUGAAGAUUCUGUCAAUGAGUAAAAUUCUAGCAAUGCUACAAAAAUUGCAAAGGUUAAUGUUGUAAAUAAAAGUAUUUGUUUUUCAUAUGUUUUUUGAAAAUUUUGCAGUUAAAUAAAUACCUACUGUUAAUGCAAUCGCUUAUAAAAAGUAAUAGCUUCUAAAAUUUGAUUAAGUAGGGAUAGUGAAAUGUGUAGAUAUGUAUGUUGAAAUGUUCCGGAUUUAUAAUCAAUAAAAAGAUUGUAAAUAUAAUAUAAAUUUA